AUUUAAGCUCCUUCUGGGCUUUAUAUCAAGAAUAGAACAAUAAGAAGUGGAACAGUGCCCUGAUAUCAGCUGCUGUUGAUGCAGAGACCGCCUUUACAUCAUUACUUCUCUAAAGGAAACGUGCACUGACUGCCUUAAGUGUAGAGGACUGUAGAUGUCAGGUCAUCCAGCAGAAUGAGUCGGAGGAAGAGGAGGAGCCACAGCCACAGGAGGCGGAGCUCCAGCAGCAGUAAACAAUGCAUCUCUCCAUAUCAUUUCCGAAGACUCACAAUGGUGGACACUGUGGAAGCUGCAGAGAAGGGAGAAACUGACUCCUUCUGUAAAGAGCAUGAGCAUGAAGUGUCUGAAGACGAGAAAGAGACUGAGACUCCAACCACGGAGAAAGAAAACAGACCUGGGAGUUGUGAAGAUUUCUUCCAGGACACAAAGAAAAAAGACUCCGAACCAGCACACAGAGGUCCAGGGUUAAAAAUCACACAUUCUGUGACCAUCGAUCACUUUGGACUGUCUUCCCCCAGAGUUGUGUUCGAACGGUGCCAUGAAGCAAUGGUUAGUAGUGUGAUAGCAGUCACAACCACUGAGGUCAAGUGCAUGAGCCCAAAUAUGAAGCUUGAGAUCAGUGAAGUUGUGACAUCAGACGAUUCAAAUAUCAAGACAACCUUUAUCGUUCAAAACCACCGAGACAAAAGAGAAGAGACUCAUUUAAGAACUGAAAAACAUCAAACUCGAAAAAACAACCGACAAGGAGCAGAUAACAAACUAAACAUCAGCCACAAGAUUAGCAUUGCAGAGCUGAAUUCAGAGUCAUCACAUGCUUCCAAGAAGCAGAGCUCAUUGGACGAUCCCGAAGAAGUGGCUUGCCGUAAAAGCUGCUGUCAAAACAACUCCCACUGGGGAAACACAGGUGGCCAGACGGACACAGAUUUCACACUGGUUGAUGGAUCCUCCUCUUGUUUAUCACCCUCUGAUUUCUGGCAACAUCAGAAACAGCACUUACUGCCCAGCAGUCUCAAUAAUGAGGCAUUAUGGGAUAUCCCUCCCCCCGAUGAAUUUGCCGAUAAGAAGAGUAAUGCACAGGAUUUCUUGGCAGAAAAGGUUGCAUCUUGUCAAAUCAGUCCCAGAGAAAGAUUCACUGGCCACGACAACACCAAUUGCAUGCAGCCAGAAUCUGAAGUUACCUUGUAUAAAGAGUUUACACACCAGAAUACACUGGACAACGGGACAAAAGAGCCCCAGCACUUAUUCAUGAAUCCCAGAGCUUCAAUAAACAGAUCCUCUUUCACUAAAAACUUCAUCGACAAUCAUGAAAGGAAGACGCGCUUGCGCAACAACAGCAUCGCCUUCCUAGAAACUCAUCCUGCAGGCUACAUGGACAUUCCUCCCAAACGACGAAAGACGUACCCGGGAUUGUCAUAUCAAAUGAGUCAAGCCAGAGAGAGCAUUCCCUCAUACAGAGAGUCGUUUUCCUCUGGCACACUGUCGUCUUUUUUCACUCAGUCGCUUCCCUCUCAGGCAGAGAGGAUGGGAAGAUUUUAUGUAGAAGACGAAAGACUUCGUCCGCUUGGGAGCCGCAAAUCUUCCAGUAGCAGCAGCUAUAGACCAAGCUCAAGCUCUACAACCGGUCCCGACUCUUGUAUUCCCAAGUUUAAAGAUUUCCGCUCAACAAAGAACCCCUUCUAUCCAUCCAGGUCUGAUGAGAGUCCAGAAGAAGUCUUCUUUAGAGGCGAACGAUGUCAUGGGCCAGCAGAGCUUCAGCCGAGUUCUGGUUUGAUGAUCGUUGAUGGUGCGCCUGAGCUGAAUGAAGUCAAUGAAAGUGGCUUUGACGAGGAGAUGCUGGAGCCGGAUGAGCCCAUUUCUCCAGGUGACACUAUGGAGAGACAUCACAGGGAGCUUCUUAUCCAUGUCAUCCCACCUUCCCUGUGCAACUCUGAGGAACAAAUUGAUGAAGGAUUACCCAACAGUGACAAGCAUAACACAUGUGACAGAGACGAAGCCGACGCUCCGCAGAAACGAAGAGGUUCGGUAAUGACGAUAAUCACUGGGCACUGUGAGCAGAGAUUUCUGCAGGGCAACCAUGUCUUCUCGUUUGAUGAGGAGCGUCAGACUGAUGCUUUGAGCCCUUCUGCAUCUCCCAUAGACGACCUUGCCUGCAUCAGAGAAGCGGUGGAGGAGCUCCAGGAUUCCUCACAAGCAAGAAAAAACACAACUUCUGCAAAUAGUAUAAUAAACUUACAUACGGACACGUCCUCUCAACAGUCUGGAGAAGUGCGACCAAAUGAAGCCCUGGAUAAAACGAGCACAGACGUCUAUAGGACAACCAAACUUUAUAAAAAUGACUUGCCUGAAAGGCAAAGUGCCUCAAAAAAUUCAUUAGAGGUCAAAGAGCACCUCAGGCCUCCAACAGAUUUCAUUCAUAAAGAUUCAGAGGAGCAUUCAGACAGCUGGGCAAGGAGACGCAAGCUCUUCAAGGAGAGCAAACAGCGCAGCUCUGCAGGAGGAAGCUCUAUUACUAGCAAUAUCACAGAGGAAUCAGACACAAUGAACUCUGAGGACACUCGUUCAGGGGACAUGUCAGCGCGGGAUAUCGAGGACAGAGGAUUUUACACAGAAACCUUUCACUCAGUAUCAUGGAUCUACCAUGGAGAUGAAGUUAAGCAGGAUGAAAGUGCACACUGUCUCAGCAGCUGUACUCGACCAGCAGCAGUUCGCGAGCGGACGGUGAAAAUCAGCAAAGGCAUGGGCGAGUAUCCCUGGGGCUUCAGGAUUCAGUUCUCCAAACCCAUCGUGGUCACUGAGGUGGACACAAAUGGAGCAGCGGAGGAGGCAGGUCUGCAGGUUGGAGACUAUGUGCUGGCGGUCAACGGCACCGAUGUCACGAUGGUGCCACACUCAGAAGCGGCUGACCUCGCACGACAAGGCCCAGAUAUUUUGACUCUGACCAUUGGCUCGGACAUCGGUCGAAUGCCGAACACUCCUCGACCGGCGUGCAGGGGUUACUUGCAUAAGAGGACUCAGUCCAGUUUGCUGAAGGGCUGGAGAAAGAGAUGGUUUGUGCUCAGACACGACUGCUGCCUCUAUUACUACAGAAACAAGCGUGAUGAAGGGAAGAGCCCAGCUCAGUCUGUGGUGAGUCUGGAAGGAGCUGUGGUGGAGGCCGACUGCAGUUUAGGAAAGCCGUUUGUGUUCAGAUGCUGCCCUGUGUCUGGGAACCGAGUUUACUACCUGUGUGCCUCAUCAAACCAAGAGAUGAAGAGGUGGCUGGAGGCUAUGGACAGAGCAGUUCAUCCUAUUACACAGGAUCACGUGUGGGUGGAUGUGACUCGACACAACUCAAACCUGCCCCCUCUGGCAGUCAAGAACCCAGAAUGCCUUGGGUUACUGCACCAGCUGGACAGGAGCAAGGACUCGUGGGAGCAGCACUACUGUGUGUUGAAAGACGGAUGCCUCUAUUUCUACGCCAGCAUUCGGUCGACCUGCGCGAUAGGAGGAAUAUACCUGCAUGGCUACACAGUGAGAGAUCAGCCGAUGGGAUCCAGAAGAGCUGCUAUUGAGCUCAGACCUCCGUCUGAAGAUUUUCAAGUGUUCUACCUCAGCGCAGAGAAUGCAAACGAGAACAAACGAUGGAUUAGUGCAAUAAAAUCAUCUACAGGAAAAUGGCUGCCAUUGCAUCAGGCAAUUCAGAACUACAUGAGCCGCCCAUCCGAGGAAAAAAGAAUGUGAACAAGACUGAUUACGGGACAGGCGUUCCUCAACAAGCACGACCGUGUUCAAACCAUAGCAUGAGGAUCUCCUAAUUUUCUCUUAAAAUUAGAUCAUUGUGCACAAUAAUAACUUCAGACUUCAGGUGGACAGGUUCAUUGGUUUGGGUCUUGGUGGACUACAAGAGCAUCACUUUGGUUGAUAAUGGUGAAGCUCUCAAGCCUAAAUGGCUCAAACGCAUAGCCUUACAGAUACAUGACGCCAAAUUAGCAUCGAGUAUCAGAAAGUUUAGUUGUACAGUGCUGAAACUUGUAAUCAGAUCUUUACUCUUUUGAUAAACUGAUCUUGAGACUGCAUUUACUUAUUUACCAAAACUAAAAGACAAAUUGAUAUUGGAGUGGUAUGAACACAAAAUAGAACAAUUUAACUCAUUGAAACUACAAGAUCAAAUCAUCUAGUGUAAAUAGUCAUGAUGAAACCUAAAAUUUCUCCAUGUAUAAUAUUCAAGUGCUUUUUUGACAGUUCAGCAGCAGCCAGUGCAUGAAGUUGUCAUGGUAACCUGUGCAGUGACGAAAGCUGGAGGCAUAGAAAUAGAAACCUCAGAGUUACAUCAAACUCUUUUCUCUAAUUCUCUCAAGUCUUUCAUUUGAAGCGAUGAUUGUUUUAGGUCCACUUAACCAUUCAGAUGUUCCAUGCAUUCAGAGGACAGGUUAAGGAAGAAGGAUGGCAUGCAUUUCUGUAAACCUGUUUGUGUAUUCACACUUUAUAAUAACUGCACGCUAUUAAUCAUUAGUUAAGCAUUAGGAAACAGUUAAUUAAUCAUUUAUAAAGCAUUAAUAGAUAUUAAUAAGCAGUUUAUAAAUACAGAUAUAAAUGCUUUAUACCUGAUUUAAAAGCAUAUCUAUAAUGUAUUUACUAAUUGUUUUUUCAUACUUUAUUAAUGAUCAAUUUAUAAUUUCUAAAUGAAGUAUAGCAUUAUUUACACACCAGUUAUUAAGGAGUUGUCAGUGGUUCAUAAGGUCACUAAGAAAUUGUAACUAAAUGGUUAAUAAACUAUUUAAAUGUGCAUUCAUACAUCUUUUCAUUCAGACAUAUAGUAAUAGUUACUUAUAGUGUUAAUAAAUGGUUUAUUAACAUGUAUUUCUACUGUAAUUCAGGGUUAAUUCAUGUAGUUGUUAGUUAACUAUUUUUGUGAGCUCAUCUAAAGUGAGGACUAUUUAUGCCUUGAAAAGAUUUUACUUUUACUUUUUUUUACUAUUUAAAGGCUGUUAAUAUUUCUAUGUUCUGUAUCACUGUGUUGUGUUUGUUUCCUUUUUUCUGUUUAGAAGAUAACUGAGCCUUUAAAUAUCCUUUAUAAAUGCUUUACAAGGCAUAACUAGUCCUCACUUUAGAUGAGCUCACAUAAAUAGUUAACUGACCACUACUAAAUGCUUUAUAACUACCUGAAUUCACUACAUUUACUUACAAUUUCUUGUGAUCUUAUGGAUCACUGGCAACUCCUAAAUAACUGGUUUGUAAAUAAUGCUAUACUUCAUUGAGAAAUGAUAAAUUGAUCAUGAAUAAAGUAUGACAAUAAAAUUAUUAAAAACAUUAUAGAUAUGCUUUUAAAUCAAGAAUAAAGAAUUUAUAUCUGUAUUUAUAACUGCUUAUUAAUGUCUAUUAAUGCUUUAUAAAUUAUGAACUAUCUGUUUACUAAUGCGUAAUUAAUGAUUAAUAGCAUGCAGUUAUUAUAAAGUGUCACAGUGUAUUCUUAUGAUGUUUUCCAUUUUAUGUUAAGACACUGCCAUUGUUAUUGUAUAUAACACACAUUUCCUUAAAACCUUUAUUCCUCUUCAGAUAGGAUGCAAUGGACGAUCUUAAUUCUUGUUUUAGCUCGUUUAAUCAUUUGAUGACAAUACUAUGACUUUUACUAUUCUUUAUAUAACUAAUGCUACAUUUAUGGGUUUUUGUAUUAAUAUUUGUAUUAGUAUUGGAUGGUUUUACAGUUUUACAGUUUGAUAAGAUUUGUAUUUUUACAACAUAAGGGAGUAUUUAUACUUGGUCACUUUAUUCAUUUCAAGCUAUUUAUGUGGCCUGAAAAACCUGAUUCAUUACACUUGGCCAAGUGUAACUAUCCUCUAAUGAGUUCCCAGAAUUUGAUGUAGUCUGUUCACUGAUGUGCUUGUAUUGCAUGUAAAAAAACAGUGAAGCUUGCCAAAAUACAGACUUGCAUUAUGUUCUA